AAAGUCCUAUAGAUGUAGUGGAAGAUUGACAGGAGUCGGCAUUUUGAAAUUAUGAUAGGUUAUUUUAAAUAUCAGAAUGCCUUUGAGAAUUUGUAUGGUGUCAGAUUUCUUUUUUCCAAAUAUGGGUGGAGUCGAAGAACACAUAUACAAUUUAUCUCAAUGUCUUCUCUUGAAGGGGCAUAAAGUAAUUAUAUUAACACAUAGUUAUGAAGAUCGAGUUGGAGUAAGAUAUAUGACCAGCGGUUUGAAAGUGUAUUAUUUACCAAUAAAAGUAUUUUAUAAUCAGUGUAUUCUUCCUUCUAUGGUGAGCAAUGUGGCAUUGAUAAGAUAUAUUUUGUUAAGAGAGAAAAUAGAUAUUAUUCACGGUCAUUCUGCCUUUUCCGCAUUAGCACAUGAGGCUCUAUUAAUAGGAAAUCUUUUAGGUAUGAAGACAGUAUUCACUGAUCACAGUCUGUUUGGUUUUGCGGAUGCAAGUGCAGUUAUCACAAACAAAUUCAUACAAAUAACAUUAUCAGACUGUAAUCAUUGCAUUUGUGUUUCUCACACUGGUAAGGAAAAUACAGUAUUACGUGCUAAAGUGGAAUCCCAAAGAGUGUCUGUUAUUCCUAAUGCUGUUGAUACAUAUUCUUUUACACCUGAUUCAAAUCAGCGGUCAAAAGAUAAGAUUACUGUUGUUGUUGUAUCAAGGUUGGUUUAUAGAAAAGGGGUAGAUUUAACCGCUCAAAUAAUUGGGGAUUUAUGUGACAAACACAAAGAAGUUUGUUUCCUAAUCGCUGGUGAUGGACCAAAGAGAUGGUUACUUGAAGAAAUCCGUGAAAGAAGAGGUCUUCAAGAUAGAGUUACACUAUUAGGUAGUUUGGAGCAUUCCCAAGUUCGCAAUGUUUUAGUCAAAGGAGAUAUAUUUCUUAAUACUUCACUAACGGAAGCAUAUUGUAUGGCUAUUGUUGAAGCUGCUUCCUGUGGUUUGAAAGUCGUAUCCACAAGAGUAGGUGGGAUUCCUGAAGUUUUGCCAGAUAGUUUAAUUUAUUUAACGGAUGCUACAGUUCCUUCUUUAAUGAAAGGUAUGGAAGAUGCCAUUAUCGAUUUAAAAUUAGGUAACGUAAUGUGUCCGUAUCAGUGCAAUAUUAUGGUUAGAAAAUAUUAUAAUUGGGAGAAUAUAUCGUCAAGAACAGAAAUAGUUUAUGAUAAGGUAAUUCAGGAAACAGAUAAAACCUUAGGAGAACAUUUAAGCAGUUACUUAACUAGUGGUGUUUGGCCAUUUGUCUUGGUUGUGUCUCUGGUCUACUUGAUGUUGAGGUUCUACGAAUACAAAGUACCUAGAUGUAAUAUCGACAUAGCUCCAGAUUAUAAUUAUGGAAUUAAGAAGAAACGUUUAUAGAGCAAAAUCAAAUUAUUUACUUUUUUUAUUCCCUUUUGAAAUAAUGUUUUGUAUAAAAUGGUAUUUUAUACAAAAAUACUGACUGAGCAUCAAAAAAACAUCCCAGAAUAUUAAAGAAAACAUUCACGAAGAUAAAAUUAAUGCAGUAUAGUUCUAUCAAAAGUCGCUUGAACAGUUUAAAUUAUAUCAACAGUUUUAUAAAAAUGUCGAUGUAACAUAAGGAGCGCCAUUUAAAGGAAGUCACUGAAACAAAUUAUGAAGAGGCAACAAAAAUUCUAAUUAUAUCGGUUUAGCAUAAAUAGCGCUAUCUAACUAAAAACCCGUGAACUAAUUAUUCAAACGCAACAAAAGUUGUAGUUACGUUGGUGUACAGUAAUCAGCGCAUUCUAUCGAAAGUGACUUGAACCAAUUAUUUGUAUUGAUAGAGCAGAUGUAGCAUUGACAGUAUGGUAUAAAUAGCGCCACCCAGUGGAAAUGAGACGCAAGUGAUAAUCAUCAUAUCAAUCUAAAUAUUUAUAAAUAAACAAAAUAAACUUAUUAUUCUUAACUCAAAGUGAAAUUUUUAUUCUUCUUGAACAAAAAAUAUUUAUUGAAAUGUUUGCUCAAAAAUUUUACAACGAAUGCUAUUAGGUAAAAUUAAUAUUAAAACAAUACAGGUUAUUUAACGGGUUGUUACCACUUUUGGGUCCCAUAGAAAAUAAUGUCACUAGAAGGAUCAAAAAUAAUAUUUGUGUCAUUAAAAUAAGAGACUGGAAAUGUGAUUAGCUGACAAUGUGAUCAAACCCCAAACAAAUAAGAAAUACUCGCUACGUAUUCAAUUUUUUAUGGCGCAACAAAAUAACUGACACAGCCCAAUAAAUUUUCAACGAAAUUAUAAAAGGUUAAUUUAGAUAUGAACAUUGUGUCAAAGCUUUGCUACUGCCAAUUUAAGAUCUAGAAGGGUGCCUCGACUCACUUAGCGUUUGGUUAAAAAGCACAUAAUUUAGUUUUUACCGCAGGGGGAAAAGAUUCUUUUUUGUGACGAUUCCAGAUUUGGAUUCAAGAUGUAUAAAGAUAUAGAGUGAACCUUAUCGUGCAGCAUGAAUAAUUCUAGUGAAAGAAAAGUUGUUUCUUUUCAGGAAGAGAGCGAAAUAUUGGGGGAAUGGGGAAAUAUGAUUUUAUAUAUAUACUACAGACAUUCACAAGACAUAACUUUGUCGGAAAUGUCGUCAGACCAAUUAUUGGUAAAUUCUAUGGAUUCUAUGAUCAACUACACCACACAAGAAUGGAAAUGUUUGGAAGACUCACUGAUCACUCAUCAGGUGCUGGUUAUAUGAAUUUUUGGUAUCUGUUGAGAACCCACAUUCAAUAUCAAUGGAUACAAAACUUUGUAUAAUAACCCUCUUAGGUUUAAAAUAAAUUAUUAGAAUAAAUUCAUUUGGUAAUGAAAAAUGCAACGAGUUCUUUAGACGAUAUUAAUAUUAACAUUCAACAAAGGAAACUAUCUUGUAAUCAUGAGUGAACAUUGUUACAGAUCAAUAAUACUCCCACCAGAGUAUAAAAAAUUUCCAGCACAUGUCUCGACCAUAUAUUGUUUAUACAAUUAAUUAUGAUAACAUACUACCCCUUAUAAUCGCCACAUCUAUUACUGACCAUCAUACUACAUUAUUACAACUCUUUCUUAACAAUAAGGAAUACAUUGACAACAAAAAAUUAUUAAAAAAUAUACAGUGCGCCAAAUUGAACGAUAUCCUUCUGGAAACAGAGUACUUAAUGUUCAUAUUUUUGUAAGUAGAUAAACGAAAAAAAUAUUUAAAAAAUUACCUACUUGUAUUAGUUUCUACUUUUAUUCCCAUUCCAGGAGCUUUAUGUCGAAAUUUCAUGGUUUCUCACGAUUUAAUCUUCUAACUACACAAUGUACCUCAAAGACAGGAAGUUUCAGGUGAAGGUUGCACACUAGAUAUCAGGUCUGGGAACAGCAGACUGAAGUACCGCAAGAAGCGGUACUUUCACUGAUGUUGUAUAACAUAUACACAGCGGAGAACAC